AUUUAUCUCAUAUUCGAUUUUGACCAGUUGUGUUUAGAGAUAUAAAUAGUCACGACUGACGUUACAUCAUAUGACGUAUUUUACACUUAUACCUUUUAAACUUUAAAACAAUCAUAUCGUGUCAUUGCUUUAUUAUAAUCGUGAAUAUUGGUUGUUAAAAGACGUAUUGCAUCAGUAUUUGUAUAAACUAGAAGUAAUUAAACAUAAUAUAUUUAUAUCGGAACAAAGCUCUUAAAGUCCUCGUAGAAACGGCACUCUGUAUAUAUAGCUCGGGCAUUUAGGAACUAUAGUACAAUCAGUUCGUUAUAAAGCAAUAGCAUCUACAAUAAAACAGUCAUUGUCUGUCAAAUAUUUGUAGAGUUGACUUACGCUUUAACAAAGUGUUGGAGGAACGGAACAUUCUGAUAUGGGUUCUAACAAAUAUCUAUCACUUAACUCAGUUUUAUUUGCGACAAGUUUUGUUAUAAUGCUAUCAAGUACUACAAAUGGCUGUUUUAUAAGAAAUUGUCCACCUGGAGGAAAACGAAGUUUAGAUGUUGUAUCAAGGGGAACAAUACCGUGCUUAUCUUGCGGUCCUGCAAAUAGUGGACAAUGUGUCGGCCCGAACAUUUGCUGCGGAUCGUUUGGUUGCUACUUUGGUACUUCAGAAACUCAGAUAUGUCAAAAAGAAAACGAGCGUACCAUUGCCUGUGAAAUACGAGGGGAACCAUGCGGUGCACGGGGACAGGGAUCUUGUGUAACGGACGGAAUUUGCUGCGAUUCUAGUGCGUGUUCCUUUAAUGAUAAAUGUGUGGCCGGAAGUCAGGACAGUUUACAGCUUAUAUCAUUGUUAAAUAAAAUUCUCCAGACAGGGGAUCUAGACUGAAGUUGUCUACAUGAACAUCACUUUAAGAUAUCUUAAUACAUUAUUCAUUGCCUUUGUUAAGAAAACCAGUAGUUUUUAUUUGAUAACCAUUUUCUGAACUAGAAAUAAUUUCAUUUCGUUUAGGGAAAAUCAUACUUUGGAUUUAUAAAGAGCAAAUAAGUAUAAAAUCUUUAUAUAGUUGUGCGUAUGUGUUUGCUGACCAUUUAUAAAUUGGUAAUUUUGAGGGUCAUGUGUUUGAUAUCCUUUCUUCUAUAAAGAGCUGGGAUUAAUAUUACACUGUCAUCAUGAACAUGUAUGAUCCCACGUGACAUUAACUGAACUUAUUCAACACUAUUAAAUGAUGUUUCGGAUGUUAGCGUUUGGGUAGAAUGAAUGCUUCAAUAAAAUGUUUAGAGAAAAUAAUUACUAAAUGUGUUAAAAUCUUCUCUGUAUCGAAAUUAAUAAAAGUGAAUUAGAAAUGUGACCUACUUCAAAUAAUAAAAAACAGUCUGAUGAAAAGCUU